UUGCGGCAGCGGGUGACGGGCGAUGUGAGAGCGGUUUUAAUGUGCGCCACACCGCAUCCGACUGUCCGUGUGCGGACAGACUUCGUCUGACAUGAGUUCGGACUGUGAAAGUUACUACAGCAAAGAAAACGUGUUCGUGGAGGGAUUCACGUGUCCGAAGGUGGACAGUGACACCACGGCACUUUUCUGCUGCGGGUUCAGUGACUUGAAGUACUGUUGUGAUGACCCCAACAGCUUUUUCCCCUACGAGUAUGGAUACAUGUGGUGGUUAAGUCUUGGAGCUCUUGUGGGUCUGUCUGUAGCAGCUGUGGUUCUUCUCGCCUUCAUCAUCACUCUCUGUGUCCUCUGCUAUCUGUUCAUCACCACUAAACCCAGGGGUUUGGACAACGGGCUGCCUCUGCGAGCACCAGGUGCUACAUUGAGUCCACAAGUACCAGGUCCGAGUCAUACCGCUGCCCCUGCUGGCCCACAAGGCUUCAGGAAACACUUCCUGAGGGGCAAGCUGGACUGUGACAACCAGCCCCCGGACCCUGAUCGCCUUUUCCAACGUUGUUUCAUGGCAACUGUGACAUCUAUCAACGUUGAGGGUCCUGCAUAGACUGGUGGACUUUAUCUUGAUUCCCUCUUUGGCAGCCAACUACUGGUCACCACUAAGCUGUCACUUUUCUGAGAAGAUUAGUGAUCGCUUGAAUCCUGAAUAGAAGAGUUAAGGUACCAGAGCUAAUUUGGGGGAAAAGGGGUUCUCCUGGUCCACACUUCUCCCAAAGGUUCCCAUUUGGAGUCACGAUUACAGUGUUUCUGAUGCCUUCAUUUUACCUCCGCUUACUAUCUUGCCAUCGUAACUAAAUGCAUAGUAAUAUGUAUGUGCUACGUGCAUGAACGUGACUACAAACCAGGCUGAUAUUGAAACAAAAUAUUAUGGGAAAUGCAAAACUUAUUUUAAAUUACAUUUCAGUGGUCUCAUACUACAGUUUAUGCAUUUUCAUUGGAAAUUUGGAAUAUUUUGACAGUAUUAUGUUUUUAAAUGACUUUCAUUUCCUUUUGUGUCCUUCUAAAGGCAGCUUGCGUACCACCAGUGGUAUACGUACCAUAGCUUGAGAACCAGUUAUCUAAACACUGACUGUAGCAGAAGAAAAAGAGUGAUGCAAAUGUGAUCUCAGUUACUUUGCAUUUUUCAUUUAUGAGUUGUAGUUUGGAAGUCGUACAUAUUAUUUGUUGUGAUGUGUUUGUGUAACUGUCUGUUGGACACUCAGAGCAACAGUGUUCCUCAUAAUCAACAUACAAACAAAAAACUGUGAUUGCUAAUUGCUCUUAUUUUGCCUGUCCCAUCAGGGCAACGACAGUAUUUUGGGGAGUAAAUUAAAAAACGACAAGACAAAAUGACACAAUUAUGUGAUUGUGUAGACAAUCGAGUAUUUUUAUGGCGGUAAAUCGGCAGAAGAGAAUGUUUAGAAAAUGUUUGCUGACUGCAAAAUCAAAAGAAUUGAAUACAGAUAAUUUGAAAUAUGUGGUUAUUAUUGGCUUUAGACAGAUGAGAUGAGUUGAGUUAUUAUAAAUGUAUUAGAGCUCAUUCCCUUAAGUCCAGAGGUUGUUGGCACCUGUUACAAAAAAAAAUGUUUUCAAAAUUACAUCCACUGAGAAAUAACCUCAAAACCCUCUCUGAAUGAUGAUUAAUCAGAGUCAGAAAUGUUUUCACUGAACCUGAGAGACAGACAGAGUGAUUUUGACAAACAAAUACUAAGUGAAUUGUUUAGUUUCACCUAAAUUUCCAAGGGAACUGAGCGCUCGUUGUUUGUUUUGUUUGCCUGUUCUGCUUAGCUUAGCAGUAGUGAUCGGGGUUGGUGCCACGAUAUUGAGAUCCCGCCCAUAUGUCGAACCGACUCCUUUACGAACAGGGAUCAGCUCUUAAUCAUGUUGUGAAACCCCCUUUUAUUUCAAAUAACUAAUUAAAAACAAACGUACCAAGAAAAAGAACACUUUAACAUACAUCAGCAUGAUAAGAACUACCUAAUAUGACAGUAACCAUCUUUUGGAAAUUAAUAUGACGUGAAAUUUAUAUUUAAAUGUUUUGGUUUGGCCCAUGUCCUGUCCACCACCAGAGGGCAAUCGAGAUGUUUUGGUUUCACUUUUGGAGAGCUGUCAUAUGGUCCAUCUUUAUAUAUGUCAGUGCAUCUGGCGCACAGGGCCACUCCACUGAUUGUACACACAGCUCAGUUUACCCGUCAUGAUCAUCUGGGUUUUGAGGCUUCAAAUUUUUACAAACUGGGGACAUGAAAAGAUGUGGUUUACCAGGCAGGGAGAGUCCAGCAAAAUACAUUAUGGAGUGCAUUAUGGGAAUUGUAGGCUCUAGUGUUUUUGGAGCUUGACCCAAACUAGGGUCACAUACUAAAAGUCAGGAUAUCUCCCCUCUGCUUUGAUUUAUCUCGUAGCUUUUUGGAAGUGCAGUACUAACCCCUAAAAGUAUGUCCACUGGAUAACGCUCUGUCAAGUUCCUGUUGCAUCACAUCUCUGUCUCAUUUCAAAUGUCCGCUGGAAGAGUUUCUGGAGUGGAGCAUCUAAUGGCAGCCACUUUGCAACAAAGUUGUCAAUAUUUUUAACGCAGUCCUCUUGGUGCAUUCCAUUUAAACAGAGAAGUUGACAUUUCUGAGCUCCCAGUCGGAUAUUUCAACUGGAAUGCCUCCUGAAGUCAGAUUUCUUUAGGAAGGCAGGUAGAACGUCACCAACCCCACCCUCAAAAUCGAAUAUGGCUGCUCCAUGCAUCAUCUGUAAUAUAAAAUACAGCAUAUUGCGUUAUCAACCGGUAUUGUUAACAAUGGCUAAUCUGGCAAGAGCUUGGUUUUCCGACUUGUACUGGAAUUCCCAAUUCUGACUACUGAGGUAAAUGGAAUGCACCAUCGGUCUGUCCACCACUUGGGUCCAGACUCAACAGCUGUUGGCUAGAUUUUGUACAGACAUUGAUGGUCCCAGAGAAUGAAUCCUGACAAGUUUGGUGAUCCCCUGACUUUACUCUAGUGCCAUGAUAAGGUUUACAUUUAUGGUUUUGAGUGAAAUAUCUCAACAAUUUUGGAUUGCCAUGACAUUUUGUACAGACAUUUAUGUUCCCCCUGAGGGAACCCUCAGGAUUGAUUGUUAUCACUUUGUUAAAAACUUGACUUUUCACCAUCAGGUCAAAAUUCUCGGUUUGUCUAAUUCUUUGGUUUAGGACCAGAGAACUGCACUACUGAAAUCCCCAUCAGCCUCAGCUGUAUUUCGUGGUUAUUGCUAAUGCUAGCAGAUGUUAGCUCGCUGACAUGCAAAAUUGAGAUGGUAAAUAUUAAACCUCAGCAUCAGCAUGUUAGUGCUGUCAUUGUGAACAUGUUAGCAUGCCAUUAGCUUUUAGCUCAAAGCACCGCUGUGCCUAAGUACAGCCGGACAGAGGCUAGCAUGGCUGCUGAGUCUUAAAUCUUGUUGUGUUUUACAUGCACAUUAAAUACACGUUUGCAGCUCAUCUAUGAUCAAUAUGAGAACAGAAUAUUUGUGCCUGUACUUUGUUUGAUUUCAUUGUAUGCAGCACAUCCUGUUAUCUUUGUUUUCUAACUGUAUUUCCUGAACAGUCAGUAACUAAUGAAAUACACAAAAAUAUUUUAUUCAUGUCAACUGACAGGUUGUAUAUACGUUCAACAGCAAAGUAAACAGAGUUGUGUAUGUGCAACAUGCUCAGCAGCCACUGACAUGACAAUAGGUGACAAAACACUUUCCUUUUAGGGUGAAAUAUUCCUGUUAAUUUACAUAAGCAAAUUAGUAUAGAUUUACACUUAAGUGUUAACAGUUACAUGAAGCCUUCUUAAAUACACAGAAAGUUGAUUUGUUGAAUUUAAAAUGUUUUGGGCUGAAUUGUUGCUCCAGAAUUGUUGUAAUGAGAAAACCCUUGUCUCAUGCAUUCAUCAAUUCUGUGCUGUGUUAAACAUGAACAUUGCAGAAUGGAUACAGUCUGGACAAUUUGUGUUUUGCUUUGAUGGUGUUGUAGGAGACGCCACAGCUUUAUGUUGUAGCUGUAAACUAUCAUAUUGUGCCAUGACUGCCCAGUUCAUUGUUAGAAUAUUUGUGUAAUGUCAGUCUGUUUAUUAAUUAAUCUGUGAGAUUAUGAGGGACCUCAUUAGCAAGAUAUGGCAACUCAAGUGCCUCUUACUAAUAUGUGUAUUUUCCAAAGUUGAUAAAGUUAUGAACUUCA